UCGGCUUCAACUGGUCGGACGAGUCUUGGCCUUUCCAAACUGGGCGUCCGCGAGCGUCCAAUCCAUGAGAAAACGCUAUUGAUAGCUUACAAAGCAUUCAGACUUUGUUUCAUUUUGGCGCGGUCCUGGAGUGCAGCUGCAGACAGCGGAAGCCUUUUGCAAGUAGCUUGGGCCUCUACUGUUUAUAUCUGCUAUACUUGAUACUUGUGUUACAUACUCGCACCCUCAGCCACGUCUGAAGAGACAAUCGUGACCACAACAGCCCAGGCGCCUUACCAGCCGGUGGCACUCAGAGCGUGGACGACUUGCCGCGGGUAGCAGGUAGCAGGUAGCGGACUCAGCAGGCAGGCAGCGGGCAGCAUGUGCCGGGCGUUGUUCUGCUGCAAUGCCUGGGACGUGGGCUUGAGAACUCGGUUCACAGCAGCCAAAUGGUUCUACUGCGUUGGAUUUUCGGCGACAGCUAUCGCGGUGUGGUGUCUGAGGGACUACGGCGGCGGCUUCAUGGCCAACAACAUCAGCUCGUUCAGUGACUGCCUGUCGGCUGACAACCAAGACGCCGUCGAGGAGUGCGCGGGCCAGCAGGUGGCUCUGCGUGUGUCUCUGGCGAACCUGGUGUUCUUCGGGGCACACCUCCUGGCUUGCGUUGCCCUGACGAGGGUGGAGGACGUGCGGGUGAACCUACACGCAGGGCUGUGGGUGUGGCAGGUGCUGUCCUGGCUGGGCCUGCUGGUCGGCUUCAUGUGGUUGCCCAGCUCCAUCUUGUACGGCUACGGCCAGUUUAGCCGCUACGCCAGUGGGCUGUUCCUGGUGCUGCAGCUCAUACUGCUGGUCAACUUCGUGUACGAGAUCAACGAAUGGCUUGUGGAUACGGACAACAAGGCGGCCUGGGCGGUGCUCAUUAGCGGGGCAGUGGCGGCCUUCUGCCUGGGACUGGUCCUCACCGGCAUAGACUACCACUUCUAUGCGCCCCGCGCAUCAUGCUCCCUAAACAUCUUCUUCGUGACGUGGAACCUCAUCAUUGGUCUGGCGCUGGUGGGCGUCCUGUUCAUCCCUGGCCGGGCGGCCUCCGCGGGCCUGCUCACCAGCGGCUGCGUGUGGCUCUACUGCUCCUACCUCAUCUACUCAGCGCUGGCGUCCGAGCCCGUGCCCAGCGACUGCGCCCGGUCCGGCGGCGUGAGCGCGGGCUGGGUGGGUGUGGUCGCGUUCUUCAUCGCUCUGGCUGCAGUCAUGUACUCCACCUACUCGGCAGGUAUCUCCAGCAAGGACAUGUUCGGGGUCAAGGGCGGCGACGAGGCGGAGCUGCCCUACCGCCCAGACUUCUUCCACGUGGUGUUCUGCACGAGCUCCGCCUACAUCGCCAUGCUGUUCACCAACUGGCAGGUGUCACACUUCUCGCCCGGCUUCACGCCCGACACGCGCUCCUCCUGGGGCUCCACCUGGGUCAAGGUGGCCAGCAGCUGGGCGUGUGCGCUGCUGUACGGCUGGUCGGUGGUGGCGCCGGCCAUACUCAAGAAUCGGGACUUUGGGCCGUCGGUGUGAGCAGGGGCAUGCGCGCUAGGAUUUGGUGUAGACGGCAGGAGCGGAUUUAGCAACUCCAGGCAACUCAAUAGGCAGGAGGCCUUGAAUGCACCAUAGAGUGACCCAAUGGCCGGUGCUCACUACGUAUCGUGAGUAGCAUGGCUAAGGAACAUGGCAAUUGAAUGAAUUGAUGGCGAUGCCUUAGGUCUACCCUCGGGUGGAACUCAAUACCCACUGCAGCCGGCAUUCAUAGUCGGCUAGCUGGAUUCCGGUGUCCUGGCGUAACAAUCUAGGGCGCCAUAAGCAGGCGAUAGCAUUACAGCAGAUACACGCAGGCGGUGCAUUUGAUAGCUCUGGGUUGAGUCUGGUAUCUAGACGGGUACGCGAUGGUGACAUCGUGCUUUUGCUUCCCGUCGAGCUGUAACCACGAGGCUGCUGUCCUGCUGUCUGUGUCGCUGCCGCUGUGCCCGCAUCGCGACCACCUACUGACCUACCGCCAUCAGUCCUGAGAUUUCACAGCUGGCGACAUUCCAACUGUAACGUGCACUACCG